AUGGCCGAGUCCUCGCCACUCACUUCGCCAUCUUUGCAGCAGCGCCAGUUGCAGUCGCUCCCGGACUACGGCUCGCUGCUCCCCGUGACGUCGACGCCAUCAGGUGACCCGAAGGUGGCCGAGCGCUUCCACCGAUCGCAGGUGUCGCAUGCGUUUCUGCUGAAGAAAGACGAGACGCAGCAUCUCGCGGCUUCGUCCCCGGGCUCGACGCUGCACGUGCUCGCUGCGAUCAAUGCGUCCCUUUCUGCCAAUGUGGCCCUCGCCCUGGUCAAGAUCUAUGCAGCGUGGACGAGCAAUUCACUGGCUGUGCUGUCGUCUCUAGUGGAUUCAAUCCUCGACCUCACGUCCCAGGCGCUCUUUUGGUACUCGGACAAGCGAAUGCACACGCCCAGCGUCGAGUAUCCGGCAGGCAGACGGCGACUCGAGCCCAUUGCAGUGAUUGUAUCUGCGACUCUCAUGGGUAUUGCAGCGCUUGAAGUGAUCCAGCAGUCGGUGCAGGCUCUUGUUGAAGGGCUCAAUGGCAAGCAGCGCGAGGUCGACAUCUCGACUUUUACCAUGACCGUGCUGCUCCUUGCUAUUCUCGUCAAGCUCGUGCUGUGGUACGUCUGUGCGAAGAUUGCCUCGCACUCGCCGUCAGCGGAUGCUCUGGCACAGGAUCACCGCAACGACGUCUUCAGCAAUACGGUCGCAGUCGCGGCUGCUGUUGCCACGCACUGCCACUCGAGUCUGUGGUAUCUUGACUCGGUUGGCGCAGUCGUGAUCUCGGUGUACAUUGCUGUCAGCUGGCUAGCAACCGGAAAGGAGCAAGUGGAGCGCCUCGUUGGCUUGCAGGCUACCCAAGAAUUCAUCGACCAGAUUCGUCUACUCGGCGAUGUUCACCACCCAAUGAUGAGGACAGACAUUGUGCGAGCAUACCACUUCGGCAACAACUACUUGGUGGAGAUGGAAGUCAUUCUUCCCGAAGAUAUGUGCGUCAAGGACGCUCAUGACAUCAGCCUGAGCUUGCAGAAUAAAGUAGAGGAGCUGGACAAUGUCGAGCGCGCGUUUGUGCAUGUAGACUAUCUAGAGCGGAACUACGACGAGCACAAGGACCCCACCCUUCGGCGUGACUCGGCGUAG